AUGGCCCUCUUCGCCGACAUUUGGCAGCGCAUAUGGGAAAGCGUUGUGGACAACCGCAACAAACUCACCGCCACCGGCGGCUUCCUCCUAGGAAUCAUCGCCACGCUAGGAUUCAAGGAUUUUUAUCCCGACCUCGAACGAGCAUACCAGCGCACAUCACGUCAACAUCGCAGAAUCACACGGCCAUCUUUCGGAAAGCCCGAACGUCUCAGCCUCGAAGAUCAUGAGAAUGAUCUCGAAAAAGUCGUCAGCUCUGCAAGUAAUAAUGCAUACGAAAUCCGCGAGGGUGUAGAUGGGUUGAUUGGCAAUACGCCAUUGAUCAAACUCCGUGCUCUGAGCGAAGCGACUGGAUGCGAGAUUCUUGCCAAAGCGGAAUUUUUGAAUGGAGCUGGGAAUUCGCCCAAGGACCGCGUGGCGCUCUCCAUGAUCAAUUACGCUGAAGAGGCUGGUUUGUUGCAACCUGGACGCGGAGAUGUCGUCUAUGAGGGGACUGUCGGCUCUACGGGGAUCUCGCUGGCUGCGGUGUGUAGAGCGAGAGGUUACAAGGCACACAUAUGUAUGCCUUCAGAUGUCUCUACCGAUAAAAGCGAUCUCCUCCUGAAAUUGGGCGCUACAGUGGAGCGUGUGAAACCCGCAUCGAUAAUCGAUCAGAAUCAAUUCGUCAAUACUGCUCGCCGACGUGCACAAGAGCACACUGAUGAUCCUACACGGGAAGGGCGAGGUUUCUUCGCCGAUCAAUUCGAAAAUACAGCCAACUAUCUCGCUCAUGAACUUACCACUGGUCCCGAAAUCUACUCGCAAUGUAACGGACAACUAGAUGCUUUCGUAGCAGGAGCCGGAACUGGAGGAACCCUCUCUGGCGUUGCACUCGCUUUGAAACCUUUACUUCCUGAAAUGAAAGUCGUCCUGGCGGAUCCUCAAGGAAGCAGCUUAUUCAACAAAAUCAAAUACGGUGUCAUGUUUUCACCUACAGAAGCCGAGGGCACGAGAAGGAGACAUCAAGUCGAUUCGAUCGUGGAGGGGGUGGGGAUUAAUCGUUUGACGAAGAAUUUCGAGGCGGGCAUGCAUUUGAUUGAUGAUGCUAUCAAGGUUCAUGAUGUGGAUGCGCUGGCUAUGGCGAGGUGGUUGGUGGAGAAGGAAGGGUUGUUUGUUGGGGCGAGCUCGGCGAUUAAUCUUGUGGCGGCUGCGAGGUUGGCGAAGCAGAUGGGUGGUGGAGGACAGAGGAUUGUUACUGUUAUUUGUGAUUCUGGGAGUAGACAUUUGAGUCGCUUUUGGAAAGAUAUUGGGGAGGAGGGGGAAGUAGUGGAGCUGGAUGAUAUUAUCGGCGAUAUGAAAGCUGUUUGA